UUCACGGAAAUCAUGAUAUAAAAGCUUUGUCAUCAUCAUCGUUCACCAACUCUCAACAACGACAACUCUUCAAACAAUCAACAACCAUCUUCACAACAACAAUGGCGGUCCAAGUCGAGCCAGCUGCUAUCCAGGUCCCUGCUUCGUGAGGCAACGUCUCGCUUCAGCUGAUGAACGGCAACCCUGAGGUCCGCUUCGCCUUCAAGCUCAAGUCCAGCAAUAACGAGCACUACCGAGUCAACCCCGUCUUCGGAUUCGUGGAGCCCGGCGCCGCUGCCCAAGUCGAAGUGAUCCGCCAGAACGGCCCUCCAAAAGGUGAUGACAAGCUCGAGAUCUGCUUCGCUGGGGCUCCUCCAGAUGCUGGGGACGCCAAGGCCAUCUUCCCUCCUGGAUCUUCUGGCGAGUUCAAGGUCGACGUUCCUAUGGCUGCUGCAUGA